ACCUAGUAAGUUUUGGUUGGCGUAGUAGCAAAAUGCUACCGUUCGCUGUAAAGAAAUCAAGUUCGAAUAUCGUUCAAAAGAGAUUAAUUCGGAAGUUGGUAAAAUGCAAUCCAGAACUCUUGUUUUUUGUUCAGGGAGUUCCUCAUCGCAUAGGUUCCUCUGAGACCAUAGCGUGGAAGGGCCUACAAACCAUUUAGGUCCGUUUCACCACAAACUGGAAAGUUCAGCAAUUGUGUUUGCGCUAUGUGACUUGAUUCACCCAAUAAUUUAAGUGGUAGCUUGGUGCACUGCCGUCCAAGGGGUUAUAAUAGUCACCCGAUUUGUGUGAUUUAGUGAUAUUCACGUUAUUCGGAAUAAAAAUAAUAAACGUUAAGAGUUCUUACGCCCGUUCUCACCACAUUUCCUUAACUUUUAAGAGUUACUUUAAGUGCGACUUAAAAACUAAGGGACAGAUUUUUCAUUGUACCAACAUCUUAAGUCUUUCUUAAAUGUUUAAGUGGAAGUUAAGUUUAAGCCUAAGAAUUUUACUACUUAAGUUGAUACUUAACCUAAAAGUUCGGUAGUUACAUUCCUUGUAAACCUUCACAUUUUCAAAAUGGAUUUAUUUUUGGGAAAUGAUAUUAUUGAGGACGAUUUAGACGUGUUGGAGGUACUGCAAGUAGGAGUUCCACGACAAAUACGUGAAAGAAAUGAUCAUUUUUAUGGUAUGGAUGAUCUAUCAUUUUUUAAAAGGUUUCGACUAACGAAACCAACAGUAAUGGAAGUACUAAUCCAAAUAGAAAAUAAUUUGGAGUUCCCAUAUGAUACAAAUAAUAGCAUAUCUCCGAUGCAACAAUUAUUAAUAGCACUUCGAUACUAUGCUACUGGCAACCACCUUCUCAGCAUUGCUGAUUUUGCAGGUGUGCAUGUGUCAAGUGUAUCUAGAAUUGUUAAGAAGGUAUCAGUAGCAAUAGCUUCACUUCGGGCUAGGUACAUCAAGUUACCAUUUACAGCAGACGGAUUGCUUGAACUUCAGCAACAGUUUUAUGAAGUGGCAAGGUUUCCAAGGGUGAUAGGAGCAGUUGAUGGGACUCAUAUAAGAAUAAAAUCUCCCGGUGGAGACGAUGCUGAAGUAUUUCGUAACCGAAAAUCUUAUCACUCUAUUAAUGUACAAGGAGUUACAGAUGCUAGAUUGAACUUUGUAGAUAUAGUAGUACGCUGGCCGGGAUCAGCACAUGAUACAACAAUUUUUAAUAGUAGUAGACUGAAGGCAAGGUUUGAAAAUGGAAGUUAUCCAAAUUGUCUGCUUCUGGGUGACAGUGGUUACCCAGUAAAGUCAUACUUACUUACGCCACUUUUACAUCCUAAUGGACAACAAGAGCAACUAUAUAAUGAAUCCUAUAUUCGAACACGAGGGGUAGUUGAAAAACUAUUUGGUGUGUGGAAACGUAGGUUUCCUGUGAAUGCUUACGGCUGUCGUUUAAAGUUAGACACCACAUUGAUAGUUAUAGUUGCAACAGCAAUACUGCAUAAUGUGGCACAAGAGAUGGGGGAGGAUGAAAUUCCACCAGUAGAAGGAAAUCCCCAUGAAUUAAAUGUCUUGAUAGAAGAAGGGAACAUUCCGGUUGUUCCUGCAGAUAUAAAUCAUGUUGGAGGAAAUAAUGUUCGUUUGAAUUUUAUAAAUGAUUAUUUUGGAAGAUUAUAAUUACAAUAAGAACAUAAAUACAUUGUAAAAUGGCAUAAAUGAUAGGUACAUAAAAUAAUACUUUUUCUGUUUUUAAUUAAAUAAAGUUUAUUCUUUAAUUUCU